AUUGAACCGCGCUCGCGAACUGUAGAAAUCUUCAAACGGACUGCAUAAGUAAACAUGGCGCGGCAAAGUCCCUCCGCCGGAUUAAAAACCAUAAUUGGUUACAUUUUACCAGAACGCGAGGUUGUCCAGUCAAACCAAGAUGAUGUUCCAGGGAGUGAAGAUGAAGACGAGGAGGAAAUACAGCCUGAAUUUCUUGACAUGAAAGAGAUGGACUCUGUCUCAUCUGGGGCAAACUUAUUUAAAUCAUCCGUGCCAGCGUCAAAAGAAGUGUCAUUCAUGGCCGGUAAAAAGAUGUACCGGGUCGAGGGCCGUUUUCUCCUCUGUGACCCCUGGUGGAAAGUAACCUGCACAGUUCGCCAAGGCCAGCACAAAGCUUUUGUCAAAGGCUAUCCCUCCUACAGCCUCCGCACCAAUCUGAGAUCAGAGGGACGGUCACUUGUGUCUCUUUUUCUUAAAGCAUGUAGAGCACAACCUGACUUCGUUAACAUGUUCAUGGAGUGGUUGCCCAAUGACAGACAUGUGGAGCUUGUCAAUGUGCUGGACGCCCUGCAGGAGUUUGAAGAUUCAUCGCCUGAGAAUAAAGCUGUGGCUGAACAGCUCAAGGCACAUGUCAGUUUCUCAGUCGCUUGGACACACGUGAGAGUCGCCAGCUUGUACCCUGGAAUCAUGAAAUACUUGCCAACAUUGCUGCCGGGUCAGUUUAUGGAGAUAAUCAGCAAAGGAAGAAUGAAAGACUUGCCGGAAACUUCUGAAAAAGAUGAUCCUACUGCACAAGAGCAGAACAAUACAAAUGUAUUGGCCAAACUUGAGGAGCUCAUUAAGACUGAUGUAUGGAAGUUGGGCUUCAGCCAUAUUAUGAUUAAAGAAUUACGUCUGAUCCGGUGUGAAGCAAAAGUGGAGGCCUUCAAAGACUGUAAUUUAUUUUCUAGUAUCCCGGUGCUCCAGCGUGACUCCUUGCUCUUGUAUGCGGAACUGAAAAGACACUGCAGAGCCACUGGCAGCACGUAUGCCGACCGGGAGAUGUUGCUGGAUAAGAUAUUGCCUGAGACCGGAGAUGAGGGUGCCUGGAAUGCUUUGCAUUUUCUUGAGAAACAGGGGGUGCUGAUUAGGGAGGUCGAAAAGGUGGCCCUUAGGAACCUCUUCCGCUAUGAAAAAGGCAUUGCCGAAUGCUUGAGGAGCUUGGUUGAGGGAGAACCCUGGAAGAUCCACUUGGAUGUGAGGAAGGUUCUUCGUGAAGCGCAGCUGGAUCGAUUAAGAGCAAAGGCUUGUGAAAAGCGCAGUAUGGCUAAUCCAAGGAAAUCUAAGGCUGAUGCAAAAAUAUCGAUUUCAGCAGCCCAAAAUGACAUUGUUCAGGGGGCCGUGUGUGAGCAGAUGCUUCUUGAUUUUGCCCGGCCUGAUACUUCAAGCAUGGUCCACAAUGGAGGAACGGCAAAACGUGAUUCUCCUCAGUCCUUUGAAAUUACAAAGCUCACUAUUAAAGAGGAAAGUCACACUUCAGACUCAGACGACUCGGAUGACUCCACCUACAUGGAUCUUGAUCCGUCUACUAUAGAGUUGGACCCCGAUCAGGUGCGAGCAGCAGAAAUGAUGUGCGCCAACCCAGUAACCGUGAUCAGUGGGAAGGGAGGUUGUGGAAAGACUACAGUGGUCAGCCUGGUGUUUAAGGCGGCCAUGGAGCAACAGACAAGUGACAGGGAAGAGGUGCUGAAGGCCUGUGAAGACUUUCAGAAUGACUCCCAGGCGUCCAGUAAUGGGCUGCUGUCAGACGUACACGAGGAGAAAAAAGAAAGUGAGGCGAGUGACAGUGAUGUAAAGCCUGUGGAAGUUCUUCUAACUGCUCCUACAGGGAGAGCUUCUUCACUUCUUACUAAGAGAACCGGCUUCACUGCUUAUACUAUGCACCAGGUUUUAUGGAGUUUCAUGAAUGCAGAAAAAGAUCCCAGUGGAAAUCCUCAGGAUUGGAAGUUCUCGAAUGUGCGGGUACUGGUGGUCGAUGAAGGGAGCCUGGUGUCUGUUCAGAUCCUUCACUCUAUUCUCAGCAUGCUUACCAAACAUGCAGACCUCCAAAAGUUCAUCAUUUUGGGAGAUGUGAGGCAGCUGCCCAGCAUUGAACCUGGAAACACGCUGCACGAUCUGUUUGAAGUCCUCAAGAAGGUCCGUUGGGCCAUUGAGAUGAAGACCAACCAUCGUGCUGAGUCUGAGCUCAUCGUCAGAAACGCUGGACUCAUCUCAGAGAUGGGUAAAAAAAGGCUUUACAGUCCUCUGGAGUUUGAUGCCACCAUAAAAAUGGCAAAACCCUCCACAGUGUCAUCUGACAAAAGGUUCAUAUUUGUCAAAAUCAGUGGGGAAAAUUAUUCUUUUGACCUCCAGGACGCUGUUACAUUCUUACUUAAUGAAGCUCCUGGACUAGAAAGUGAUAAAUCUUCACAAUUUGUGGCUUUCAGGAGGAAAGACUGUGAGUUGAUCAAUGAGCUUUGCUGCAGGCAUUAUUCUCAUCAUACUACAAAGACUUCCAAACAGACAUUGAACUUUCAAAGAAAGGAUAAAGUUUGCUGCACUAAGAAUGGCUAUGUCUCAGACCACGAGGAGAAGAGAGAUGUGACUGCCGGAGCUUCACAUGAUUAUGCCGGAGCUUCACAUGAUUAUGCCAGAUCUUCCCAUGUUAAUGGCGGAAAACAGAGACAAGAUGAACAGACGAAGGAGAAGAAAGAGCGCCUGUGCAAUGGGGAAAUUUUCUUUAUUGAAGAUGAUGUGACGGAGGUUGAGGAAGGAAAAUGUAAAAAAAAGAGCCGCUACCUGACACUAGAUGAUGUAAAUGGGCGCUUGGUGACGUGUGACUACAGGGAACUACAGAGAGAGUGUAAACUUCGGCAUGCUUGGGCAAGAACCAUCCACACCUUUCAGGGCUCAGAGUCUGAAACUAUUGUGUACGUUCUUGGAGACAGCAUUGCUCAAAACUGGCAGCAUGUAUACACUGCAGUGACACGCGGUCAGAAGCAUGUGUAUUUGGUGGGUUCAGAGAGUGACAUAGAAGGAGCCAUCAAGAAAUGGAUCACCCCACGUAACACAAGAUUGUGCGCGUUCGUCAGAACAACAGUUGCCAAACAAGGUCCUGAAGACUCUUUGACUCAGUCUGCCUGCAGUCAGAGUCAAGUAGAGACCCCUGUGAACCACAGGUUCGGGCCUUCACAGUCCACACCCGUUGCCCCACAUUGCCACAGCCUCCCCCAGUUGUUCUCCAGCACAAAACCUUCAUGUAUUCGACACCUCUACAAGGAAGAAAAUGGACACAACCAUCAAACAUCCAAUAUCUCUUUGCAAGAUGACAUGGCAUUCAGUCAAACCUAUUCUUGGUCGCCCAUGGAUGGUUGUGAUGAGCCAAGCAUGGUGCAGAAUGAGCAUGUGUCCGAAUUAUCCAAUCAGGUUGAAGAUGCAAAGUUGUUAGAGACGAUCAGCUCUUCCCCAAAUGAAAGCAGCAGGGGCUCUAAACGGCUGACUCCUGUGGACACCUGCAGUACGCCGACUAAACUACCAAAGAAAACCAUUUCAGAAGAGUCUCCGUUGUGCAGCUCAAGACUCAAUCUUCUGUCCAUUACGAGUCCCAGCUCCAAAACCCAUGGCCGACAGCUCUUCCGAGACGAUUCAGAUUCUCACAUUGAAAAGCCUUAGAGGGGUCAUUCUCAGACCCAACAUGCCAAAGCGGAAAGAACUAAAUCAGUCCAAAUGUGCAUGUUAUUUGGCUUUUCAGAGGAUUUGGAUAAACCUGAAUUAGCUUUUUACAUAAUUAUGAAUACUUUGCUAGUUUCACCCUUGAGAAUAACGAUAUCUUGUAGUAUAUUAUGGGUCUGUGCAAGAGAUGUGAGUUCUAAUUUCUGCUAGACAUCCUUUGAAAAGUAUAAUUCUUAAAUCAUAACAAUUGAGUAAAAGAAGGCUUAAAUCUGGAACU